GUUUUACUUUUCUCUCCAGGCCGGAGGACAUUUCCCCGGAUACGCCGUCACCAAGGGAAUCUCUUCACCUUGGUCCCUUCAAGUCGUUCCUUAAGCACCAAUGGAGAAAACCUGGGCCUGGCCCUGCAGUACCUGGACCCCCGGGGCCGCCUGCGGAGUGCCGACAGCGAAAACGCCCUCGGCGUGCAGGAGAGGAACAUCCCCACCAAAUCCCCAAGUGCUCCAAUAAACUGGCGACGAGGAAAACUUCUGGGCCAGGGUGCCUUUGGUCGUGUGUAUUUGUGCUAUGAUGUGGACACGGGCAGAGAGCUUGCAGCUAAGCAGGUCCAGUUUGACCCAGAGAGUCCUGAAACAAGCAAGGAAGUGAGUGCCCUGGAGUGUGAAAUUCAGCUGCUGAAGAACCUCCAGCAUGAACGUAUUGUGCAGUAUUACGGCUGCUUACGGGACCGAGCAGAGAAGACCUUGACCAUCUUCAUGGAGUACAUGCCAGGGGGGUCAGUGAAAGACCAGCUGAAGGCAUAUGGUGCCCUCACGGAAAACGUCACCCGGAAAUACACUCGGCAGAUCCUCGAGGGAGUCUCCUACCUUCACAGCAACAUGAUUGUGCACAGGGACAUAAAGGGAGCCAACAUUCUCCGUGACUCUGCUGGGAAUGUGAAGCUUGGGGACUUUGGGGCCAGCAAACGGCUGCAGACAAUCUGUAUGUCUGGGACAGGCAUCCGCUCUGUCACUGGCACACCAUACUGGAUGAGCCCAGAGGUGAUCAGCGGGGAAGGCUAUGGACGGAAAGCAGACGUAUGGAGCCUUGCUUGUACUGUGGUGGAAAUGCUGACAGAGAAACCACCCUGGGCCGAGUACGAGGCCAUGGCAGCCAUCUUCAAAAUCGCCACCCAGCCCACCAACCCCCAGCUCCCCUCCCACAUAUCAGAACAUUGCCGGGACUUUCUAAAGCAGAUCUUUGUGGAAGCCAGGCACAGACCCUCUGCUGAAGAGCUGCUCAGACACCAGUUUGCACAGCUCCAGUACUGAAUUACCUCCCUGCUAGCAGCUCCUGCUGGGCUCCCCGUGCCCCCUCUGGUCUCGUUGCGACUGCCCGUCGUGGUGCUGCAUCUUCAAAAUGCCAACUCGGCUGUCCUAGGCCUUUGGGGCAGUUCUGCCCGGGAACCUAGGGUCUGCUCUUGUGCCUGAUACCUUUGUUUGCUGGACUGAUGUUUAUUCUACCGACAGCUGUCCAAACAGAGCUGCAUUUUGGCCCUGGUUACCUUGAUGUGGAAUUGCAGCUGGCUGCGUGUUUCUCUGCGGGCCCGAGAACGGGAAUCUAAGAGGUGUCUCACUGGUUGGACAUA